CUCGCCGGGGGCGGCCUGGCGGUGAGCCCCAACCCCGGUGACAGGCCCAUGACGCAGCGGGCGCUGACCGUGCUGAUGGUGGUGAGCGGCGCGGUGCUGGUGUACUUCGUGGUCCGGACGGUCAGGAUGAGAAGGAGAAACCGAAAGACGAGGAGGUAUGGAGUUUUGGACACUAACAUAGAAAACAUGGAGUUGACACCCUUGGAACAAGAUGAUGAAGAGGAUGAUAACACUUUGUUUGAUGCCAAUCAUCCUAGAAGAUAAGAAUGUGCCUUUUGAUAAGAAGACUUCAUCUUUCUACCGUGAAGAACAGCAUUUCUAUGUUUAAGGAAUCAGAAGCCACUAUACCACUGGGGGUGGGGGUUACGUUACAGACAUUAUGACCUUUAAUUUUUUUGUUGCUGCAAUAAAUGCCAUACUUGGUUAUUUUUGUUAUUUUUUUUGUACAGAAGUGCUCUAUUAAUGGGCCUGUUGUCAUUAGGAAUAAACUGUAUUGUAAUAGUUUUAUCUGAAAAUUUCUUUAAAGGUUUUUUUUCCCAUGAGUUUUUGUUUCUUACCAUAUUAUUGUAAACUGUUCAUACACUAAUCAGUUAAUGUUAUUUUUGCUAGUAUCAUAUUUUAAAGAACCAUAAAAUCUAACAGCCUAAUACAUAAAAAUAAUAAAACUGUCCUUUACUGAAAUAUAUUUCCCAUUUCUGUGGGGAAAAGAAGCCAAA